AUGGAGCAUAUUCUCAGCCGCCUUAUGAUGGAUGCCGAAGGUGGUGGCUUGCAACGCCAGGCUAUGAAGGACGUCAUCACCGCCAGAGAGAAUUUGGCAAGCAACGAUGAGGCCCGUGUAACAACAGGUUUGCUUGAGCUUUGUGAUUUGCUCAACAUGGCAACACCUAUAACUAUAGGAUCUAUCCGCCCGAAUGUGUUUGUUCCUCUUGUGGUGAACUGCAUGAAGAAGGAUAACAUCGACCUUGUUAUCCUCGCGGCACGGGCACUUACGUAUAUGGUAGACGCUAUAUCUUCUACGGUAUUUGUUCUAGUCUCGGAGGGAGGAAUCGACGUACUGCUUCAACAUUUUCAAGAGGUGAAGGAUAUCGAGCUCUCUGAACAGUGUUUAACAUGUGUGGAGAAGAUAACACAGAACUCUGUCUGUGCCGCUACGGUGCUGCAGAGUAUGGGUGUGCCAGCUCUUUUGAUGUACGUGGAUUUCUUUAAUGCAGCUUCCCAGCGAAAAGCAUGGACGAGCGUUGCAGCGAUGUGCAGACGCGUUAACGAGUCGAAUUUUGGUUGCGUAGAAUGUUCACUUCAAGAUAUUAGUGCCCGAAUUGAUCAUGAUGAUGCCAAAAUAUCAGAGAAAGCCAUCACUUGCUUGUAUCGUAUCAUAUCGGGGGUUGGUAGUAACCCGGAACUUGUGGCACGUGCAUUUGGUGACAGUUGUAAUCCACUUAUCUCUGUCCUUAGCAGACAGGAUUUGUCAGAGACAACUUUCACAACGGCACUAUCGCUCAUUGCCUGUGCCAUUGAUUGCAGCACGGAAGCAGCUCGCCGAACUCUGGAAUCUGGGAUAGUGGAGUACAUGUUUACACUGAUCGCCAGUUCCUCCGAACAGCAGCAGCGCCAAGAUUUGGCCGGGUUCGCGGGUCGUACGGACGGGGUGUCGCGCGCCUCCGCUGCCAGGGAACCGUCAGCCCAACGGGAAUCAGUGGAGACUGUCCCUCAACGAGAUAGGCGACUUUCUGUUGAACAGACCAAAGCACUGUGUCUGGCUCUUACCGCUCUGCUGCCGAAGCUUAACAAGGGUUAUCUUGUCCACGGUGACGCCCUUAACAAACUUAUCGCAGAAGGACAUGGUGAAUCCCACCGACACGCCGGUGCUUCAUCCUCGGAGGCAGAUGAGGGUAUGGGAGGUGAUGAUGAUGAGGACGGGGACGGGGACAUGGAUGAUGAUGAUGAUGAGGAGGAGGAGGAGGAGUGUACUCACGAGGAAAUUCUCUCACGGGUAUCAGAACGGGGUAUUCUACUUGAAAAUAACGAGAAGUACCGCACAUGCCGCCUCAGGCACAUGUGUGACGGUUGCGGUAAGUCGUGUAUACCCACCAGCUGGUUUCGCUGUAAUAAGUGCAGGGAUUACGAUUUGUGUGGGCGGUGCCUUCUUAUGAACUGGGAUAGCCACAGCCCAGACGGAGAGACCCAUUCCUUCUGCGACAUGCUUGUCUUUUUCCCAAAGGUGAGUGAUUCAGUAACUCCUGAAGAGGGCAAAGAGUCGAACAACAGUGACUUGACUGCCGAGCGCGAGAGGCUUUAUGAAAGCAACCCACACCUUCUUGCCCUCAUCCUUGGCGGUAUCCCAACAGUUGUGGCACUGUUCAAUGAAUCUGAGGCACAUCUCGUUCGGAAUCAUUGCUUGGCCUUUAUUGACCGUGCUGUUGUUCUCGCGACGCCUGAACAAUUGGCGGGGAUCAAAGGACUCUCGGAGGCUGCUCUGUGCGAGAUGAUCGUGACGGCGAUGGUGGAUAGCAGCCUCAUCCUUAAUGUACAGGUCAUGUACCUCUGUCGUAUGCUGCUGGAGAAGCUUCCCAAAGUGUACUUGCCUUGUUUUGUCCAUGAGGGCGUCACGAAUUCUCUAGUGAAGAUACAGGAGCAAAAUAAGUCGUUCGUGCAUUGUAGUGAAGAGCCGACACCCGUUAAAGAACCCCCUUCCUCUGAGCGCUUCAACUCAGUUUCCGGAUGGCGCGAACUGCUAGCAACGGAGGCGGAGGAAAUGCUAGGUAUGUUCACUUCCCUCAGUGACGACACAAGGAUCCUUCGGUUAAAGGAGGUUGACCGGCUUUUGCGGGGGGGCAAGCUAAAGGAGGCAUUUGACUCUCUCCGCGUUGCCCUCCUUGACGAAACUACCGCAUUCGAACUGUCAGCGACUGAUGUAUUGCACAGUUUAGUGGAGGCUUUGAAGUCUGUGGAUGAUGUCAAGGCCAUAGUGGCACUUCUCAAAACGUUGGCAAAACAGGAACCAAACACCACCUCGACUCUGACACGAUUUGUUCGGCUUCUUCAAACUGCGCUUUCACACCUUGAUCAGUUCCAGUUACCCAAUUUUGGCGCUGUGAACACCAUACAAACACAGAUACCCCUUCGGCUCGUCCCACACGUAGCAGGUCACGCACCGAAACCGAAGGCAUCCACUCCUCCAGCAAAAGGCAACGCCUCGAAACGUGUGGCUUCCGGUUCCACUGCUGGUCCUCCGGUCCCCACACGGGAGGUGGUUACCAGGCGCCCCACAGGCACAUCAGCGGCUCGUCCAGCCGCAGUCACUAGCAGGAACAAGAAGGACCAAUCGGCGUCACCGGCAUCUACGAAUACGGGUGGUGGAAAAAGUUCAGUGGAGAACCGAGAGGUUAGAGUUAGCGUAGAACCAUUGACAAAUCUGGAGGCACUAAUGGGAUUUGUAGGCUCAAACGUACUUUCCGGGGGUGGGGAAUUUAUUGGUAGCCCCGUCACUGGUGGUGGCCGUCGGCGCAACGAUGACGACGAGGUGGAAGAGGUGUUGCCCGAGUUAGCCAACGGCGUGGACCCUGAGGGAUUACCUAAAAAGAAAAAACCCGUGCAAGAGAAGUCGUGUAGGCCUGUUUACAUGCGUUGCGGGAAAUAUGUGUUGCCGCCUUCAUUGACGAUUCUUCAGCUCCUACAGCGCUACCACACUCCAUCACAGUCUUCUUCCAGAAAACGGAAGGCGCACAGCAAAGGUGCUAGCGCCUCACUGCGCCUUCUUGCGUUGCUAGAGGGCAUGCAAACUAAUGUGGGAGAUAUGAUUACAUUACAUUACAGUGUAGACCCCUUUGGACCUGAGUACGUCCAUGUACCUGCGCUGAUCGACGUACCUCUCGGAACACCUGCUCACCCGGUAGAAAUUAAACUACCGUCUGAUGAUAUCACACCGCCCGGGGCGUUUGAAGUGAUGCGGGCGCUGCAUAAUGAGUACCCUUUUAGUAGUCAGUUUCUAACUGUUGCUCAGAAGGACAUCCUUACGCUACUGGGUAUUUUACACGCGGCCCUCCGCAACUGGUCGGCACUCAUAUCUUCAACAGCGGAAGCGACUACAUCGGGGGGUGUGAGCGAUGAAGCGUCAGCUCCGUCAACUUCGCUAGGCGAGUUUAUUCACGGGAAACUCAAUAAUAAGGCCAUGCGACACUGUUCGAACCUUCUUCUCGCUGGCCAGCACAUGACAACAUGGGCGGUCAAUUUGGCUCUCGAUUGCAACUUCCUAUUCUCUUCGAUGACGCGUAAGUAUCUCUUUGAUGUGGGGUUCUGUGGUUCCAUCCGAUCCCUUGUCCAAAUGCAAGAAAACAUGGAGAAAUAUGGUAUGCGUGAUACGUUAAAUGCCGACCAUCAGUUUGUUCGCUCAUACCGACUUCAACGGGAAAAGAAACGUGUGUGGAGGGACAAAGCCUUGGCUUGCGCCAUGCAUAUAAUGGGAAAGGAACGUAUUAGCGGUUCAGUGGUGCUUGAAUUCGAGUACUACAAUGAAAAUGGGAGCGGAAGUGGACCAACAAUGGAAUUCUACACGCUGGUGUCAGAUGAGCUACGGGAGACCAAAUUACGUUUGUGGCGGCGGACGGAUGAAACACCCGAUGACAAGUACUACAGACCGCACGUCGGAGUAUAUCCGCGUCCUAUUCCUCCCUCUUCCCCGGAGCUUGAUGACAUGGAGCGGUAUUUCUCCCUGCUUGGACGGCUGAUCGCCCGUGCACUUCUCGAUAAGCGCAUCCUCUCCAUUCCACUGUCGCCUGUGUUGCUCAAAAUGCUGAGGGGCGAUCCGUGUGGGGUGCACGACUUGGCCGAUAUCAGUGAGUCGCUCGGUGCUUCUGUUUUGGCAAUCGCCAGAGCCGCACGCAGGGGAGAUGGUGCCGUGCAGAUGCCAAAUUCCACGGUGAUGUGUUCGGUGGAAGAUUUGGGUUUAGAUUUCACCCUCCCUGGGGACGAGUUCGUUGAGUUAACCGAGGGUGGCGCAUCCAUACCAGUGACUAAGGUGAACGCGAUGGAGUACUGUGACGCUGUCACAGAGUUUGUACUACGCCGGGGUGUGGAACGCUUUGUACACGCCUUACGCACUGGGUUCCACGACUAUGUGCCACUUUAUGCGCUCCGUAUGCUUAGCAUAGGUGAGUUGUUCGAGGUGCUGAACGGUCACCCAGCCCGUGUUACCGUCGAAGAGCUGGACGCCAACUGUCAGGCCGAUCACGGCUAUACAAUGGGGUGCCGUCACGUGCGGCAACUGUUUGAGAUCAUAGCCUCUCUCACUGAAAAGGAGCAGAGCGCUUUUUUCCACUUCCUCACCGGCUCCGCGCACCUUCCAGCGGGUGGCCUCGCCAGCUUACGGCCAAAGUUCACCAUUGUGCGGAAAGCCUCAUCAGACCCUAACGUGCGUGAGCAGGAUCAACUACCGUCGGCUAUGACAUGUCAGAAUUACCUGAAACUUCCCGCGUACGAUACCAAGCAGCAGAUGGAGGAGAAACUGAAAAUUGCCAUCAACGAGGGUUGUGGUGAAUUUCUUCUCACUUAA